AUGCGUGCUGUGCCUUUUCUUCUAUUCGCCACUGGCACUCUGGGGGCCAAAGGCGUGCAGAAUAUACGCUCGACAAACUUCCACAUCACGGUGGAUCCUGACACUGGAGCUCUGCUUUCCAUCGUAAAUCCGAAGGACAAUGCCUCGAUGAGUUGGAUAAGUGGACCGGAUAAUGCCCCUUGGCAGCCUCUCGGGAGCCGGUGGGGACUUGGCUAUGUGGAUGUGGGAGACCUCAAUCGUGCGUAUUGGCAAGCUCCCAAUAUCACAGUUGAGGAGGACCGCAUGACGGUAUUCUACACAUUGGAGAAGGUGGACCUGAACGUCACUAGAUGGGUCGAUGAGCCAUCCAACAGCUUUCGAGAAUGUUAUUCAUUCACCAACACCGGCGCUGAUGCGGUCACCCUGAACGCUGGUGGAGUUCAAUCCUUGGGAAUUUACACCCCAUUCAACGAUCAUUAUACCUCGACGGAAGAUGUCUUAGAGCACCGCUCCCAUGCACAUAUCUGGGCGUCAGGGGCCAGACCGCACCUGGGGCUCGUUCUCACGAAGGGCGCCUUUUCAGGAUAUAGUGUGGAGUCGCGCGAUACAGUCACGUCCUCUAACACUCGAGGGGUCUUUCUUCUCCAUCCCGACGUGCCGACUCUGGAAAGCAUGGAGUCAACUCAGAUCUGCUGGACCAUGUUUUGGCAUGAUGAUUGGGAGGACUUUCUGGAACAGAGUCUCCAGCACUCAGAUCAAGUUAUCCAUGUUGAAGCAUCACCCUGGACCGCUGUUAAAGGUGAAUCCGUGAAUCUAACCGUCUAUGGGCGGCCCGGAGAUAAGAUCUCUUUGGGUGGAGUCGACUUGGCAUCCGCCGGCAAAGCAGACACGUACUCAACCUCCAUUCAGGCGAAGACUGCAGGUGAGCAGCAAUUGACAUUCGCCCUGGAACGGGGUGGGAGUCAACACAAUGCUACCAUUGUCCUCAAUACUGUGCAUGAGAUUGAUGAGAUCAUCAAGAACCGCGUGAAGUUCAUUACCACAAACCAGCAGAUAAGCCCAUCCUUCCCCGACACGUCUAAGGCAGGCGCAUACGCAGUCUACGAUACACAGAUGGAGGGCAUAGUGACUUUCGAUACAGCAUCUGACAGGAACACGGGUCGCGAACGCGUGGGGAUGGGUGUAUUGGUGGCGCGAUGGCUCCAAAGCAAUUCCGACACGGAGGUCGAGGAGUCACUUCGGAUUUACUAUAACUAUGUUAACAACAAGCUUCAAGACCCAUCCGGCUACGUCUAUGACUGGCCAGUUGGGUCCAAGACCGCAUCCAUUCGACUGUAUGACUGGCCUUGGGUAAUGCAACUUCAUCUUGCCAUGGCAAAGCUCGGGAAUCGAGCUGUGACCAGUCAUGGAAAUUAUACCGCCACGCCCGUCGAACGCUUCAUGGCUACGCUCCAACGUUUCUACGCGGAAGGAGGAGGGACAUCCUACCCGAUCGGAUUGCCUAUCUACGAAAGUCUCACAUUUUUCAACAAAACCAGAAAUCGGGCUGCAUAUGAGCGCGCAUUACAGCUUUUUGUGGUUCAUGGCAAGCAGAUCGCCGAAACUGGGGACCACUAUCCCUCAUCGGAAGUAAACUAUGAGCAAUCGAUUAUUGCUCCGGCCGCCAUCAUCCUGCUAGAGUUGUAUCGAUCUACUGGACACACGUUCUGGUUGAAGUCGGCCUACCGUCACUUCGAUCUUCUCGAAGCAUUCGGCGGCCGACAGCCCGAUUAUCAUCUGAAUGAUGUUGCCAUCCGGCACUGGGACGGAUAUUGGUUCGGAAAAGAUCGUAUGUGGGGUGACACGUUUCCUCAUUAUUGGAGCACUCUGACAGGUAUUGCAAUGCACCACUAUUCAAGAGCAACGGGGGACGAGUCAUACCUAACGCGCGUGGAGAAGAUUUUGAGGGCAAACCUCGUUCUCUUUACGGAGGGACAAGGAUCAUGUGCUUUCCUCUACCCUACUACUGUGAAUGGACGCACUGGUCACUACCUAGACCCAUAUGCGAACGACCAGGACUGGGCCUUAGCUCACAUUCUGCAGCUUAGAGACAAUCCUUAG